AUGUCUAGUAAAGAUCCCAACACUUCAAUAAAUCAUGUCGAUUUAAAAACUAUUCAACAACGUUUGGAUGAAUUAAGACUGGAAUUAAGAAAAAAGAAGCAGUGUCACAAAUUGGGUACUACAGUAACUUUACCUUCUUCUAGUUCUUCAAAUUCUAUUUCUAGUACACCUAGUCAAAAAACUCUUUGGAAGACAAAAGAUAGUAAGCUUCAAAAGGAAAUUCUCCAAUUGGAAUCUGAAAUUAUUGAACUAGAAAAAUAUUUAAAAGAAGAAGGAGAUGAAUCUUUACUUCUGCAGUCUAAAACUGUAGGUAAAGAAAUUGAUGAAGAGGCUAAGAUCACUGUUGCUAAUGAAAUAACCGACAAAUCAAAAGCAACAGUAGCCAGAGAAAUUGAUGAAGACUCUAAACUUACCGUUGCCAAUGAAAUUAGAGAUCAUAUUCAUACCACUGUAGGAGAUGAAGUUAGAGGGAGAUCAAACUUUGCUGUCUCCAAUGGAAGCAGAGUAAAGUCUUCUUAUAAUAGACGACCAAAGACGGUAGCAGAAGAAAUUAGUGGAUAG